CAUCUACUGCACUCACGCGCAGAAAAAAAGAUACCGCGAUCUAUCGAUCUUUUUUCAAAUAAAAAAACAACGCCGUCUGAUAGGCUUCAUGGCUAUAGUUGGUCAAACCUGACGUCUACAAUCGAACGCGUCGCCCGGUCAGCCAUUUAUUCCGAUCACAAUAUUUAUGACAGCGUAAUUAAUUGAACAUGUCAUUUUAAUUAUGUAAAUAAGGAUGGGUGAUAAUCAAUUAAAAUUAUGUGUUUCGAUCUCGUUCGCUUAAUUUAAUGUAAACAGAUAUUUAUCAUUGUUCGUGACGUUUUUACGGUGUUAACAUAAAGGUUUUGUUAUGGUUUAUGUGUGCCGGUAACAUGCUUCUACUACUCCAGUGGAAUUCAUUAUAGUUUGUGCCAGAAUUCAAGUUUAUGGGAGUAUCACACUGAUUGUCAUACCAUUAUGGAACGUCACCAAAAUGGUAUGGAUGUGUGGGUAGGACAAGGACGAGUCAACCAACUCGGCGGUCUCUUCAUCAACGGACGGCCCUUGCCGAACCACAUCAGGCUGAAGAUUGUGGAGAUGGCAGCGGCUGGAGUCAGGCCCUGCGUCAUCUCGAGGCAGCUGCGAGUCUCCCACGGCUGCGUGUCCAAGAUCCUUAAUAGGUACCAGGAGACCGGAUCCAUCAGACCCGGCGUGAUUGGCGGUUCGAAGCCCAGGGUGGCCACGCCGGAGGUGGAAGCCAGGAUUGAAGAGCUGAAGCGACAGAACCCCGGCAUCUUCUCGUGGGAGAUACGAGAGAAACUCAUCAAGGAAGGCGUGUCGGACCCUCCCAGCAUAUCUUCGAUUUCGAGGCUGCUCCGUGGGGGCGCCAGGGACCCUGAUGGGAAGAAAGACUACAGCAUCGACGGGAUUCUGGGAGGUCGAGGAUCAGACUCCUCGGACAUCGAGUCGGAGCCAGGUCUGACCCUCAAGAGGAAGCAGCGCCGGUCGCGGACCACGUUCACGGGAGAACAGCUGGACGCUCUGGAGAGGGCCUUCCACAGGACCCAGUACCCUGACGUGUAUACACGAGAGGAGCUCGCGCUGCAGACAGGGCUCACUGAAGCCAGGAUACAGGUAUGGUUUUCGAAUCGUCGAGCUCGCUUAAGAAAACACACUGGCUCGAACUCUACGCCAGGCUUAGCUGGUUACUCCACGUUACCCAUGCCACAGAUUCCGUGUCCCUACCCGGCAGGGGACAUCCCUCCGUUACCGCAGCAUCCGCAGCACCCUGACGCCUGGCACCACCAAAAAUACGCUAACUACAACCAAUUAAUGGCGCAAUCGCAGCACCUCAAUCAAGCAUUCCAAAGCGCUGCCUUCCCAAGCACCUCUAGCUCCACCUUCAGUCAUCUAGUAAGCGCUAACGUCUCAGCACCAAGCCAAAUACUCGACGCUGCAGUCCCUAGAAACGACUACGCUCGGUAUCCAACCAACGACGUUUACAACAAACCUAUCAACUAUCUACCAAAAGAACCAGAAGCUGAUGAGAAAGUCGCUAGCGAGGAAGUCAUCGAACCUAGAGAGGAUGCUUUUGUUAAAGCAAGCAACGACGAUUAUAAUAAGGUUUUACCGAGCACUGAGUAUCCUAAAGUUCCCGCUGACUACUCCAAAGUUCCUGUGGAUCCUUCGGCUGCUGCAAACUGGAGCCCGUCACACAAUUCUCUGAACAUGAGCCUCGCAGGUUUAUCAAGUGAAUACAAAUACAUGAACGAUCCGUACGCCUUCCCUAACAUGAGUGAUCCGCUCAAUCAACACAGUUAUCCAAAUCCACCACCUAACGCUACUAAUAAAUACUGGAUAUGACGAAACGAAAUAUUAGAUGUAAGUUGUUUUACUUUAAAUUAUAGUCAAUGAGUUUAAUAACAGGAGUAGGUACAUGAAUCUUGAAAACUGUUUUGAAAUUAAAUCAUCAUGUAGAAACAUGUGAGGUUCUCAAUGAUCCACUCCUUUGUUUGCUCAAU